GUGUGUUUACAGACAUCCGGGGAGGGGGAAGAAAACAUGGAGGACUCCACUGGCAGUAAUCCCCAAUCUCCCGGUUUCAUAGACAAAUUAAAGUCGUGGCUCUCGUGGUCGUGGACGUACGUGUGCUUCGUGUGGUUCGGCAUGGUGGUCAUCAUGAUCUACGUGCUGUGGAGCCCGCUCAAACUGCAGGAGAGCCUCACUUCGGCAUCGGUGUUUCUGAAUACACUGACCCCCAAGUUUUACGUGGCUCUCACCGGGACCUCUUCACUCAUCUCUGGACUCAUCCUCAUAUUUGAGUGGUGGUACUUUCGGAAGUACGGCACUUCCUUCAUCGAGCAGGUCUCCGUGAGCCACCUGCGACCCCUCCUCGGCGGAGUGGAAAGCAGCUCCACCACCGGCCUCUUCUCGUCUGUCAAUGGGGAGGCUGAGCCUAGACCUAGCGUGUCAGAGUGCAAAGUCUGGAGGAAUCCUUUGAAUCUGUUCAGAGGAGCCGAAUACAACAGGUACACGUGGGUGACGGGAAAAGAACCACUGACGUACUAUGACAUGAAUCUGUCGGCUCAAGACCAUCAGACCUUUUUCACAGGAGACACGCAGCAGUUCAGGCCUGAGGAUUCGGUCAUGCAGAAGGCCUGGAGGGAAAGAAAUCCUCAAGCCAGGAUUAGAGCAGCUUACCAGGCCAUAGAGAUGAACCAUGAAUGUGCCGCAGCCUACGUGCUUCUCGCAGAGGAAGAAGCCACAACAAUCACAGAAGCUGAGCGCCUCUUUAAAAAAGCUUUGAGUAUCGCAGGCAAAGACAUCAACCUGCUGGUUUACAUUAAACGCAGACUGGCCAUGUGUGCUCGCAAGCUUGGGCGAAUUAAAGAAGCUGUGAAAAUGAUGAGAGACUUAAUGAAGGAGUUCCCAUUAUUAGGGAUGUUAAAUAUACACGAAAACCUCCUGGAGGCGCUCCUUGAGCUUCAGGCGUACGCCGACGUGCAGGCCGUCCUCGCCAAAUACGAUGACAUAAGCCUCCCGAAAUCGGCCACUAUAUGCUACACAUCUGCCCUGCUAAAAGCGCGGGCCGUGUCAGAUAAGUUCUCCCCAGAGGCAGCAUCGCGGCGGGGGCUGAGCACCGCUGAGAUGAACGCCGUGGAGGCCAUUCACAGAGCCGUGGAGUUCAAUCCCCACGUGCCCAAGUACUUAUUAGAAAUGAAGAGCCUGAUCCUGCCACCAGAGCACAUCCUGAAGAGGGGUGACAGCGAGGCAGUGGCGUACGCCUUCUUCCACCUGCGGCACUGGAAGAGGGCCGAAGGCGCCUUAAAUCUUCUUCACUGCACAUGGGAGGGCACCUUCCGGAUAAUUCCCUACCCACUGGAGAAGGGUCACCUGUUUUACCCCUACCCAGGAUGCACAGAAACAGCAGAUCGGGAGCUGCUACCAUCAUUCCACGAGGUGUCGGUUUACCCAAAGAAAGAGCUUCCUUUCUUCAUCCUCUUCACCGCGGGCCUUUGCUCCUUCACCGCCAUCCUGGCCAUGCUCACACAUCAGUUUCCCGAGCUCAUGGGCGUCUUCGCCAAAGCAUUUUUCAGCACACUCUUCGCGCCACUGGGAUUCUUCGCAGACAAGAUGGAAAGCUUCAUGCCGUCCAGUUUCUGGCACCAACUGACUCGGAUCUGACCCCAACAUGCAUACACACACUGGGGGAAAACAAAAUUGCUCUCCUGCCCUCAGCAUUACUGUCUACUUGUCGCUUUGUUACUGAUUAUAUUGGCCCGGGUCGUAUCAACAAAGCAGUCAGUACCACUCUUAAGACACUCGCUCUUCCAGCUGCCUGCAGCAUGUCCAAGAAUUCGGCAUUUACAUUUAUUUGUCACGAGGGGGAAUUUGAAAUGGUUUGCACCACUUUUUAACCGGUGGUACAAUAACAAGUUGCUUGACACUUUAUGUGUAUCCAUUAUCCGUUUUGGCACAGCACUCAUUGAUGUCAUCCUCAAUAGCGGUAAAAUAGCAGAAUAUUAAUGAUGAUAUCACAUUACAGGCAACAUAAAUUUAAGUAUCUGUUUGGAAUUUUAGCUCUGAAGCCGAAGGGGUCCAAACUUGAUUUCCGAAAGUCGAUGUCAACUCAGACUUUGUCAAUGAUUUGUGGUUCUCAGACCAGGCUCACUUUCUCCUCUCUGGUCAGUGACGAUUUCACACGCCACUUUCAAGAGUGUCUCAGGCACCAAGGAAUGUUGAAGCACAUUUUCAAUAGGUGAUAAAAUUAGGGGUGUAACGAUACAUCGAUACACAUCGAUUAAUCGAUAUAAUGCUCUACGAUUUAUUGGCAUCGAUGCUAAAGGUAAACAUCGAUUUAUAUCGCCGUGUUUGACCUCGGACAUUAGACGCGACUUUAUUUUGAAAUCCAGUUCAUUGUUGCUUACUUCCUCUUUCUGGGAGCAGGGAGCAGUGCGCGGCGUUGCUGCACGUGAAAGGGGAGUCGACAACUAGUACGCGGCUCCUGGGCUGGUGCUAUGGCUAGUGUCCAAAAAGACGAGGAAAUUUGCGCCCCUUUAGGCUUCAAGUCAUUCGUUUGGAAGCACUUUGGAUUCCAAAGAAAAGAUGGCUCAACGGACAAGACACGUGCAGUUUGUAAAUCCUGCCAUGCGGUGAUCAAAUAUUCAGGGAGCACAAAUCUCGCCGCACAUUUAAAGAAAAAACACGACAUCAAAGUUCAGUGUUAAAGUAAGCAAUUUGUAUACUACAAUACUCUUGUAAUUUCCUAAAUAAAGAGUUUGCAGUGCCUUGUUGAUUUCGCGUAUGAAUUGUUAUAAAUCAGGAUAUCGUAGUUCUUUAUAUCGAUAUUAUAUCGUAUCGUGACAAAACCCGCGAUUUACACCCCUAGAUAAAAUCUAGACCGCAGAGACCAAAGCCCUACAAUUUUCAGGAUAUAAUGAAAUCAAAUUAAUUUGUGUAACAAACCAAUUAGCAGGUUCUAGUAAACACAAGGCAUCCACAGCCACGGGGUAAUAUUAUAUAAUUUCAUAACUCGCUACAAUCACAAGUGAUAAAAGUGCCUUUUUUUAGUCUCGUUCUAAAAAACAAAAUCUUAACCAGGCAUUGACUCAUCACCGACAGACAUUGUUUUAAUUCUAUUUAAUGACACAAUUUAGGGCUACGUGUUGAAGCUGUAAAAGUUAGGGGUGUAAAUCGCGGGUUUUGUCACGAUACGAUAUAAUAUCGAUAUAAAGAACUACGAUGCGUUAUUUGCCGAUAUCUUAAAGCCUGCUGCGAUUCAUUCACGAUAUAUCGCGAUAUAGUGCUCUACGAUCGAUAUUUUUUUUUUUUAGUAAAAAAUAUAUAACAAUAUCCUGAUUUAUAACAAUUCAUACGCGAAAUCAACAAGGCACUGCAAACUCUUUAUUUAGGAAAUUACAAGAGUAUUGUAGUAUACAAAUUGCUUACUUUAACACUGAACGUUGAUGUCGUGUUUUUUCUUUAAAUGUGCGGCGAGAUUUGUGCUCCCUGAAUAUUUGAUCACCGCAUGGCAGGAUUUACAAACUGCACGUGUCUUGUCCGUUGAGCCAUCUUUUCUUUGGAAUCCAAAGUGCUUCCAAACGAAUGACUUGAAGCCUAAAGGGGAGCAAAUUUCCUCGUCUUUUUGGACACUAGCCAUAGCACCAGCCCAGGAGCCGCGGACUAGUUGUCCCCUCCCCUUUCACGCGCGUGCUCUGCUCACAACACAACAACGCCGGAAAGAGGAAGCAAGCAACAAUGAACUGGAUUUCAAAAUAAAGUCGCGUCUAAUGUCCGAGGUCAAACACGGCGAUAUAAAUCGAUGUUUACCUUUUGCAUCGAUACCAAUAAAUCGUAGAGCAUUAUAUCGAUUAAUCGAUGUGUAUCGAUGUAUCGUUACACCCCUAGUAAAAGUACAUGCUGAAGACAGGAGACUCUCCCCAUGUUUGAAAAGCGCUUGAGACAAAACUCACAAUAAAAUGACUCCUGUGAAAGUCGAA